AACAAUACACAUACUUCAGUUGCUCAUCCUGAAGGAUUGCGUUCCCAUUCCACAACUCCCUCCCACACUGCCACUCCUUCUCAGAGGAAACCUCAAAUAACACAUACCCAGCAACCUUUGUCAUCUUUCAAAAAGAAAAAAGGUGCUUAGCGACCACCCAUUCAACAGCAGUGCCCAUGUGGUACUCUCUAAGCCAAUACAGCCCUGAAACAAAAAUAGCCAAUGACAGUGUCCAUUUCAUCCUCCUCACUUCUGGCCCUGCCGUUCACUGCCUCCCAUUGCAACUGCCACUCGACACCCGCUCUGAGGUUCCAAUGUGGGCAAGCUAGCUAGCUCCAGAGUUCCUAUACUCAAGUUGGGCCACACCAACGGGUGUGUCUAUUUCAGUAUCUCCGUAUCGGACAGUGAGACGGUUGCCUGCAGUGCUUUAGAACAUGGAGCUGAGGGCUUCAGUCAGUUAAGUUGUUUGGAUCGAUAUUACCGGACUUUCAGUUUUUUCCUUUUGGAUUCACUCAACCUUUACAUGGAAGACACAUUUGGAAGGAAGCAGUGAUACCCAACCUACUCGUCCUCAUGGGGACCUGAAUGGACUGUCAGCCGAUGGUCCGUUGGACUGCACACAGUCAGAUCAAAGGGGAGACGUGACAGACACACACCCAGGAAACCCAGGCCGCUGUCGGGACAGUCAGACAAACAGCGCGCCAUGACCUGUGUGGAGAAGCGUCACCUGGGCCAGCGGGCGGGGAGCAUGCUGCACCAUCGCUUCCCCAACGGCUUCACCGAGCUGCUCAUGGAUGAGGCCGACCGGGAGGUCAGCACCCUGACGGACCGGGCCUUCCGGAGUCUCUGCGUGGGGGACGACGCCGUUUACAACGACGAGUUCACCUACGGAUUUUCACCGUUCAACUGCCACAAGCCUUUAGUGGGGACGCCUCGCAAAACAAAGUCGAAGGAGUCUAAAAAGCAAGCGCAGUCGCAGCAUCACGGCAGCAAUGGCGGGAAAGACUUGCAGCAGAGUAUGACCCAGGUGUCGUCUUUCCUGAAGGCAUUGAGCGCCACGGAGAAAGGCUGCAAGGGAAUAUUGGACAAUAGCGUCGAGCAGGACUCUAAUGGAGAAUCAUGGGAUAAAUCGGCACUUCGUAGCAUCCGGAUGGAGCUCUCCGAUUUUUCUUCGGAUUAUCACGACACGCUUGCGGAUGGACAUUUUGGGCAAAACGGCCGUCACCGAAAUCCCUCUGGUGAUGGCUCGUCGAAGAAGUCUGGAAAAGACGCCUCAAAAGUAAGGAAUGGGAAGUCCACUAUCCAACUGAGAAAACUGAAUAUUAAAAACUUUUUCCUUCAUAGUGAAUUUAGCCCUUUUCAGAUGUGGAGGGACAUCAACCGGUUCCCAUUCGGGCGGGAGGAGAUAGUUACUUCUAUCCCCUCGGACAAGAUCCCCAAAUGGUAUGAUUCCCCACUCUACAGGGAGCUGGCAGAGGCCCAUAGAAUAGAUAUCUUCCAUGCAGAGGAUUCCCAAACAUGUCUGAAAGCCCUUGCCAAAGAACCCUCUAUGUCUGCAGAGGGGGUGGAACCGUGUCAGAGAGUUGAGGCUGGACCUCCUCCAACCCCUGCUACAAAACCUCACCCCCCACCUCCUCCACCAAAGGUCCCACCAAAGCCCAAAGUCCUUCUGGCUGAAAUGCGGUGCUCCUCUAACACAAGUGAAGCAAAUGCUGCCCCCUGGAGGCAAAACAAAUCAAGGUCAAGAAGCGCUCUUCCUGUUAAUCUGCCUAACGUGAUCCCCCCUCCUCAAGGUCGCAUCUCCAAAACAAUAGUGGAGAGUUUGAGAGCUGAGAGUGUCGUACAGGUGAAACAGGAAGCUAUAAGUGUUAAAGUCCAAGCUAUCGAGGAGUGCUGCUCUGCGGCCUCCACUCCGUUUAGCAUCUGUCAGCUGAUGACUCCUCUUAUUCCAUCAAGACAGCCGACGGAAACAUCAGAGAUUCUCCAAUUAGCCCUCGACCUGCCCCUCAGACCGGACUCAGAGGCCAGGUUGGGCUCUGAAACGCCCAUCAGGCGAGAGGGUUACAAGUCCCUAGCCUCGAGCAUCCUCUUUAACCUCAAAGACAACAGGAAAAGAGUUAAGAGUCGGUACAGCCCACCUAAAUUCAGAUCAUCAGAGAUGCCUGAUCGCGACACCCAGCCACCACGAGUGGAUAACGGCGGCCAUACAAACAUGGGAUCUGAGGGACUUGCUUCAGGCUUAAACACACCGGCCAUCUUUAAAGAAGGGUGGGUUUCUUGCAGUCCGGUUUCAAAACAAGCCAACACCCCAUGUGUUGAUGCUGGGAAACACGAUUUCUGUUCGCCCUUGUCCGAUGACUAUUUAAUAACAAAUUUAUUGCAGACAAAAAGAGAGGCCUUGGGAAGCAGAAAUCUAGGUGAAGAGAAUUAUCUUGCACCUGUAAUGCAGAUGAAAAACCACAGGAGCCCAAUGGUAAUCAAGAAAAACUAUCCGUCCCUGAAUUUGUACAAGAAGGCCUUCACUGCUGAUAUUGGGCCUGGUCCGCCGCAAGCCCCACAGAAGGCAUUAAGUGUCUCUCCCGAUAACAGACGCCGUCUUUUAAAGCAAACAAAGGAACCUUUGCCAGAUGCACCAAAGGGGGAAGCUGUCAACGCAGCGCUUUCACCAAAUAUUGUUCAACGACUGUCACCCAAAAUAGCAGCAGAUGUUAAAGUACCAUCUCCCUAUAAACAGGAGAAAGAGAGCUUGGCUUAUAAACAAUACCUACCAGAAAACACCAGUAGCUCGGAAACCCAAUCAAAAGACUUUGCACAGUUCAUAGCUGUUAAUGAUAAAGAUGCCAGUUCCCAUCCUCUAAGUACGAUGGAUGUCAUUAAUGCAGCCAGGGACGCAAUAAAUGCAGAAAAAAACAAGGCGAGUCACUCGAGUCACAUCAAAAACAUGAUUUCAGAGCCCAAAAGAAAACUGACCAAGAGAAACACAGAUAACUCAAAAGAAGAUAUAAUUGAAGACAGGUCCGCUAUGGAUCAUCACUUCCAUCAAAAUAAAACGGGUGGAUUAAAUGACAUCGUUUCUGAAAAUACUACUGUCAAAAGAAAUCCCCCACCAGUGCCAAAGCGAAAUUUCACUAAAUCGGAUAUUAUACCUACUCUUGAGAAACUAUCAGACUUACCAAGCCCAACUGAUGAAUACCUGAUCGAGAGAGAUCCGUGCAAUGCUAAAAAUGAUUAUAUACCGAAAUAUGUAAGUGAUUCUGUAAGGAAGGAUGCCAGAAAGAAACAUGUAUUUUCUGCGAGGCAGAACAAUUAUAUCAAAACUCAAAGACACGCAGAGAGGGAGGACGAGCAGGAAGAAGUUCAUAACGAAUGUAAAAAUAAAGUGAGAAUAGGUUUGGGAAAGAAGGAAGAGAUGAUGAGAGACAGUGGGCACAUCAUUAAUGAUUUGAAUGCUUUAAAAGAGCUGGAAAGGGCGAGACGAGGCGAUGUUCUCGAUAAAGCAAGGGAAAGACGAGGGUCUAUUAACAUAGAUGAAGAGACGAAGGCAAAGAACGACCUGAUCUCCAGGGAGCUGAGAAAUAUCAAAAAGGGGAUGUUAUCCAUGAGGGGUAACACACAAGCCAAAAGGGACAUGUUUACAAAGAAAGAACAAGAACGUAACAAGCAGGAGGGUUUCCCAAAGCUAGAUAACCAUGUUGUUCUCAACAAAGCAAUUAUAAAUGACAAUUAUGACCGAGCAAAAAUGGCACUUGAGGAAGUCAUAUCGGAAAGACAAAAGUAUAAAUCGUUGAAGGAAAAGGACACAGACCCGUUGUUAGCAGAAAACACUGCUGCUGAGCAUGAUUAUGCACAGAGUCAAGAGCAACGUGAGACGGUUUUGCAAAAUUUCACGGCAGAUGCAAAGGAAAAUCAAAAUGGCCGUAUGCUUGCACUUAGAGAUAUGGAGCUCAAAGAGAGGUUAGGUGAUCUGAGGGAUCAUAAUCAAAUCAAACAUAUUCUGUCACAGACUGAAACUAGGCCCGGUGCAGGUCAUCAGUUGUGCGGAAUGGUCCCUCUGCCAGGUAUAAAUGCAGUCAGUGGUGACUUGAAAAAACGGCUAGCGAGCAACUCUAACGAUUUAAACAAUGGAAUAGAACAACUCAACGAUGCAAGGCACAUCCCUGAUUUAGAGCUGAAAAACAAUUUAGUAAGACCCAAAACAUCUGAGGAAAACGGGAAACAAUUGUUGAAAGAGAAUAAAGAAAAUCUGAAGACGAAGGAUGUACCUCCUGUGCCACCUGUUCCACCGAGGAGCAAAAAAGGAGUUACUAGAAAGGAUGAGGAGGAUAAUAUAAAAGAGUCUGGAAGCGCUAUGGAUGGAACUGAGGAGGACUUCUCCAUUAAAGACGGUCCUAAAGAUAAAAGACCCUCUAUUACGGAUGUUAAUACAGACUCAGAAAGGGAAGAACAAAAUAGAGAAACCUUCAAUCAUAAGCUUGGGAAAAAGAAUGAGAAGACAAACUCAACAGUUGAGGGACAUCCAAUCCUACCUGAAUGUGUUACGUCUUCUGAGCUGCGGACCAAAAAUGUCUCUGUCUCACCAAGAGAGGAAAGAAGGAAAGAAAUAACAUACAGCCAAGAGAGUCUUUGCAGUCUUGGAUCACCGCGGAAGGUUAAGCGCAAGGCCCCACUAAGGCCGGAUGAUGUAUGCCCAGUAGAGCCCUUGAACCAAGAAAGUAUUGUCCUAACAGAAAAAACAGGAACUACAAAUCUGAUAACAGCCGAGGCUGAUCAAACAACCAAAGCCGAAGUGAUACCGGAUCAGGUGGCUGCCAUUGACAUACCUAUAAACAUUGUGUCUCCUCUACUGUUAGUAAAUGGCUAUAAUAUUAACCAAAGCCCUCCUGAUCAAGCUAGUCUUUCAUCAAAGUCGUCUUAUUUCUCUGUGGAGAGUGCUGGACACAGAAACAAUGACGUUUAUCACUCUUUGGAGAAUUUGACUGCAGGGUUGGAGGAAAAUGACGGAGAGCCUAUUAAUGUCUUGGGAAACCUCAAUAACGAUUCAGUAUCGACAGGAACAGAGCUUGUCUCUGUAUGGGAACGGGAGACAGAAGUUUGCAAGCCGUUAUUAAAAACUCCUGGUACAGAGAAAGAAGAAGCGGACCGGGAGGUUGGCAGGCACAGAGCUGGGGAAGGUGGAGAGGGAGGAAUCGAGAGUCUUAUAAGCCAACAGACAAAGGAAAAGACAAUCAAUUCAACACCCAUGUCUCCUGCAAGCACUCUCUCUUCGCCAUCUUUGGACAUCCCUGCCUUAUUCAUCGUCAAAGAUAACACAUUCUCUAACAAACCAGUAAAGCCAGUGCAUCUCUGGUUGCCGAAAGAACAUCUCAACGGUUCGGAAUUGUGUGCAAUAAAUCACGUAAAGAAGAAUCUCCCACCGGGUAGCAACACUGCCAUCGGCCAGUAGCAACCAUUCUCAAAAUAUUAUUACAAGCUUCGCCCCUGGCGAAGUCUCACCGCAAAACUCCCCACUUAAUAGUUUGUCUCCUUCAAGUGUUUCAAACGAUAUUAAUCUCAGGAGAAGCCAAUUCGGCCCCACUCUGACGGUUCCACAAGAAGAGGACAGAAACUCUGGAGUGAGUCCGUUGUCAGACGGGGUCGAAAGCUGGGCAGCGGACUCCAGGGACGACCUCACUGCUGAGACGGAAGAUGGGGAAAAGGUCUCCAAGAUGCCCAGCGAGAGGUCGGGCUCUCCGUCCAGUGCCAGCGGCAGCCAAUCAGGGCCUUCCAAACCUCCCCCGGUUUUACCUAAAUCGGAGAAGGCCCUUAUGAAAGCAAUGAAGUUGACCACCAGAAGGAUUAAGAAAGAAGAGGGCCAGAAAAAGCCAUCUCAGAAGUCGUCAAGCAGCAGCAGAAAGCCCAGGGCGGUUAAACACAGCGCUGAUAACCCAGGAAAUGUACAGACCGAGGACAAACCCUCUACCACCUCCAGAAGACACACUGAAAAGCGGAGCCAGAGCAUCAACAAGGAGCACGCGCAAAAUAUUGAAGAAAGAUACCAUCCCAACGAGAGCAGUCGUCAUCACAGGCACACCAAGACUAAGACUGAGGAAGCCCAAUAUCCACAGAGAGCCCAAGGCAGCGAUCGACUGGAUCGCAGCCAAGUGGUCCGAUCCGACUACAAGGCAGGAACGCAGGACAGGAAGGAGAGCAGUGGCCGCAGCGUUGAUCGACUUCCUGACGUCAUUUUAACAGAACGGGAAGGCCGCAGCAGUGACCGGCAUCAUCAUCCUCGCGACAAACCCGAACGUAGGAACUACAGCAGUGACAGGGUGAUCAGCAAUGUACCCGUAUACAAAGCCCAAGUCAGCGAGAGUCGGCCAGCAGUAGACAGGCAGUCCAAACGAUCCCAGAGUGUGGACAGGCAUGUGAGGGAUCACGCGGAGCGCCGAGCCAGUGCGGAUAUGUCGGUCAACACGUCGGAAAUGACUGAAACGAGGAACCAGCGUAUUGAGAAGUCCAUCAUGGAGGAGCUACAGCAGAGGGGUCGGGCCAAGGAGAAAGCCGGCAGAGGAGGAGACGUCACGGUGAAGAGAAGUCACAGCAUCGACGCGUAUGCCACCGAGGCGCCCCGCCCAGCCAACCUCUCCCGCCAGUCCAGCUACAGUGGUCAACAGCUGUCGCGUCAGUCCAGCGUGGAGCACACCAUCGUGACUCAGUCCAUCCCCAUGACCCAGCGCAAACUCCUCCAAGAUCCCGACUCAGGGCAGUACUUUUUCGUAGACAUGCCCAUCCAGGUGAAGACCAAAACCUUCUAUGAUCCAGAAACAGGGAACUAUUUGCAGUUGCCUGUCCAGCCACCAGAGGGCGCCAUACCUCAGGCGCCCACCAUGGAGGUGUUAAACACCCCGAUGGUGCUCUACCACGGAUUUGUCCCGGUGCCCAUGACAUCCAUAUCCCAUAAAUCUGUCGUGCAGGCCUCCCAAAUGGAGCAGGACGAGUUUGAACGGAGGCAGAAUGAGAGGUCACGGCAGGUGUACAGUAACGAAGGCCGUCCCUAUUUAGAACCAGUUUAUGGUCAACACGACCACAUGCUGGGAGACUUUCUGGGUGUAGAGGAGCUGGAUUGUGCUAGCUGAUAUAGAGCAAGGGCUUUUAAAUAGACUUAGGAACUUUCAGGUUUUAUUUCAUUUGGAUUUCUGGUGAUGUUUUUAUGCUUAAAAAACAUUGCUCACUCUGAUAAAUGACACAUUUGUUCUAAAAGUCCCCACCAUUCAUUGUUGUAAGGAGAUGGCUUUUUGAACAGGAAUGAAGUCAACCGUGUGAAUCUAUUGUUCAAAUAAUGCAGGGAAGAUGGUGAUUGUUGUGUGUGUGUGGGUGUGGGUGUGGGUGUGUGUGUGUGUGUGUGUGUGUGUGUAUGUGACUGUUAGGAACUUCUUGUGUGUUACAAUGUGCAAUUUCAUAUUUUUUUUAUAGUGCUUUAAAUUGAUGUAUAAUAUAUAUAUAUUGUUCGUUGUAUGUGAUAAGAAAGAUGAGUGACGGAUGUAAAUCUUGAAAUUGUAAUCUAAUGUUGACGAGUCAAUUGCAAUUUAAGAGUUUUGGAUGUAUUUCUGGUUGAGCACUAUAAUGGUGGUCCUCAAUUUCAUAUUUUUCCACGUAGGUUUGCAGUCACAAAGAGCACUAUUAAAGUUCCUUGAAUAUAAGUUCUUUGAGUUAAUCCUGGUUAUAUCCUGUGAAGGAUCGCACAAAAAGGGCUGUUUAUGCAUGCAGAAGUUUUAAAAACGAUUUUAAAGGAAGAAGUUAUUUUGCAAUCAUUUAUAGAAUAAACUGUAAAAUACCGUUGCCUUUUGCCAAAAAUCAUACAUGCAGAGUACUUUGAAGGGAUACUUCGUUUUGCCUUGGUGUUUCAUUUUGAAUUUCAUCGAUAGACUACUGUUUAUGUGAUCCAUUCCAAUAAAAACAACAGAUAUUACUGACCGUACUCCUCCUAACAUAUAUUUUUCGAAAUAAUUUUUAAUAUUCCACAAAUAUUCUGUGAAGUUUAUUAAUGUAUUGAACAUUGAUACAAGUUUGAUACACACUGUGUAUCAAACUUUUAACCAUUUGAAUGAUUGACAAUAUUGAUACCAACCAUUUGUUUAUAUCAAUAAUAUCCUGUCUUGUUGGAUUUAAUGCGUCAAUCUUUAGGCUUGAUUUGCAGGUCAUUCUGGCCUUUACUGCUAACCUUUAAAGCUUCACCCUUUUGUAUUAAGGUUAUACCAGUCAUUCACUAUAAAGACAAGGCUUAGCCAUGGACCCACAUUAAAAAAUAAAAUGCGUUUUUCUAUCUUUUAUUUCUAAAAAUAAUACAAUUUGACAAUAUUAGACAUGUUUUGACGAAAAUACAUUGCUUUCUUUUUAUUUCCAACAAUAAUUUAGCUUAAAGAUGUGAAUCCACCAUCCAGCCAACCAACCAUACAGUCCAGAAAGAGCCCAGCGGGCCAGGGGUUCAGUGACACCCGCAGCUCACCGCCACCAUAUCAUCAUACUGCUUCAGAACCACGUUCUCCUCGUCGUCGAAGUACAGCAGGCUGAUGGACUGCAGUUUGUCCGGCACGCAGCAGGGGGAGCCCACGUCGUCGGACAGCUUGAGUGCGUGCAUGAUGGACUGCACGGUGGCGUGGUUGGUGGCGCGCAGGCUCUCCCCAAGCGGGAAGGGGCAGGAGCCCUUGCAGUGGUUGGCGUUGUAGCCCCUCGGGGAUAUGAUCCAGCCCGCCCAACCAAUUUCCUCGAAGUCAACGAAGAGGGGAACCCUCUGGCAGGGCUGCGGGCGCCCGCGGAGGAAGGCGGGGAUCGCUCUCCGUUUCCUGUCGUGGUGGUCGUUGCUCGGAGGGGCGUUCCCAUGACCUAUCGAUAUAAAGUUAUGAAUGAAAAUUAUUAUUAUCGUCGUAAUAACUUCUAGGCUAAAAAAAUACAUGUUGUAGGCGGCUACACUAUUGAUUUUGUGGUCCAUGAGAAAAGUAGACUAGGAGGGCCUGACAAAGAUUUUUUUUGUUUUCUAGUAAGCCGUAUUCCUCUACCGUGAUGGAUGGAUGUGUUGCCGGUGAGCUCCGUCCUCGCGUCGUCGGAGAACACCACCAGGUAGGCGUUGCGGUCGGUGCGUUGGUGCUCGGCCGCGGCCUCCAGCCAGGCGCCUGACGGAAGGGUGGUCACCACCAGGAUACCGUUGUUCUCCUGGCGGUCCCCGAUCCACUUGGACACCUGCGAGGACACAACACACUCGUAUUGACAUUGAUUGAGCUGAUCAAUUGACCACCCACACAUACACACGCGCGCAUGCACUGAAAAAACACUCACAGACUUGCACGUAAAUGCGUGUGCGCGAACACAUACACACACAGAGAAAACAUACGCACACCUACGCUCACAAAACACGCACGCACACGCGUGCACUCGUCCACGCACAUGCACUGACAUAAACAUGCGCGCACACAUACACUCCCACAAAUACACGCACGCGCAUUCACUGGCAAAAUACGCACAGAUAUGCGCGUGCGCGCACACACAAACGGGCUCGCGCACAGACACACCCAUACAGAAACGCAACUGCGUUCCCAUGUUUUAGCCUACGCCAACGCUGUUGAAACUCACCGUUUGAGUGACGUUGAAGACCUCCCACCCUUGGGUGUAGAGGGGCACCAACCGGGUCGUGAUGAGGUUCCCUCUCCACGGCCUCACCCGGCUCUCCAAAACCUCGUACACGUCCACCUUGAGCAGGAGUAGUAGAUUAUUAACUUAUUUCCAAACAUCCUGAA